UUCUUCUCAACAAUGGAGCGCGUUGCAGCUGAUCCGCCUAUGGUUGGUGAUGAUCUCGGCUGUUCACACACACAUCCGCCUCACUUCACAGACGGUGAAAGAGAGAGCAUCGGAUUUUAUCACAAUCCAAUUUUGACCACCACUUCUUCUUCGUCUUCCAAUUCAUUCUUGGAUUUCUCAGAAUUCUUCAAACAUCUUUAAAGUUGUGUAACAUCUCUUCUCUCUCUCUCACCGCUUCCCUCCAGUUGACUUCAUUCAUUUUCAUCAAUAGCAUGGUCUAGUUCUUGGUUUCUUUGUUCUGCUGGAAAUUGCUUGUUCUUGUGUUUUAUCUUAAUGUGUCUUUUGUCAGUUUGCUGGUGAUUCUUUCCUUCCAUUUAUGAUGCCUUUCAGAAGUGAUGUGGAAAGCCUAUGGUAGUAGUUGUCUUGCUAGUAGUUGUCUUGCUUAGUCCAGAAGAUUUUUUAUUUCUGUACACCGAAUCAGCCAAACCUUCUCGAUGGGAGCUAAGUUGAGUCUCAACAUUUUUGGGGCUAGAGUUGAUGGCCCUGAUGAUUUUGUUCCCGUCGAAACUUGCAAAAAGCAAAAAUUGAUGUCAAACUAUUGGGAGGAAAACCAGAGACUGAUUUCCAGUCUUCCUGAUGAGAUAUCUAUCCAGAUUCUAGCUAGAGUUCCGAGGAUACAUUACUUGAGUCUUAAGUUAGUCUCUCGAGCCUGGAAACAAGCCAUUACAAGCAAUCAACUCUUCCAUCUCCGACAGGAACUCGGAACGGCUGAGGAGUGGCUGUACAUAUUGACAAAGGUUAAGGAUGGGAAACUUGUGUGGUAUGCUUUGGAUCCGCAGGCUAGACGAUGGCAGAAGUUGCCUCCAAUGCCUACUAUUUCUGUAGAAGAUGAAUCUAGGAAGGGUUUAACCGGGCAACGGAUAUGGAAUAUGGCAGGUUCUAGUUUGAGAAUAGCCGAUGCUAUAAUGGCUUGGCUCGGAAGGAAGGACGCUUUAGAUCAAAUGCCGUUCUGUGGUUGUGCUGUUGGUGCGAUCGAUGGGUGUCUGUAUGUUUUAGGUGGGUUCUCCAGUGCUUCAGCAAUGAGGUGUGUCUGGCGAUACGAUCCUGUUGCAAAUGCAUGGAACGAAGCGUACCCUAUGUCGAUCGGUAGAGCCUAUUGUAAAACUACGGUUUUAAACAACAAGCUUUAUGUUGUCGGAGGGGUCACGAGGGGCAACGGUGGUUUAUCGCCCCUACAAUCUGCUGAAGUAUAUGAUCCGAAUACUGGUGCGUGGUCUGAAGUGCCAAGCAUGCCUUUUGCUAAAGCUCAGGUAUUGCCUACUGCAUUUCUCGCCGAUCUACUCAAGCCAAUUGCAACAGGAUUAACAUCGUAUCAGGGCAAAUUGUUCGUGCCUCAAAGUCUAUACUGCUGGCCUUUCUUUGUCGACGUUGGAGGAGAAGUAUACGACCCAGACGUGAAUACCUGGGUCGAAAUGCCGAUGGGCAUGGGCGAGGGAUGGCCUGCAAGGCAAGCUGGAACGAAACUGAGUGUCACGGUCAACGGGGAACUCUAUGCAUUGGAUCCUUCUAGUUCUCUCGACAAUGCCAAGGUUAAGGUGUAUGAUUCACAAUCCGAUGUCUGGAAAGUCGUGGCAGAAGACAUUCCCAUUCAUGACUUUUCGGAUUCAGAGUCGCCUUAUUUACUCGCAGGGUUAACCCAGAAACUUCAUGUGAUCACCAAAGAUGCAAAUAACAACAUAACCGUCAUGCAAGCUGGUGUGAGAAAUCACCAUCUGGCUGCAUUGUCGUCGUCUUCGUCGUCCUCACAAGAUAUCUGCUUCCACGAAGUGCACGAAUUAGAAGAAGAAUCAGAAAACUCUACAAAGGUGAUAGCCACUCGAACGGUCGGGUCGGCCGAACUGGUUAGUUGCCAGACCCUUGUUAUAUAGUGGUGGUAUAUGGUUUUAGUUUGGGUGUAAUUAUAAAUACUUGGAAUGUGGCUAUUUUCUCUAUUGUGCAAAGUAUUGUGUAUUCUUGAUUAUCAGUGGAUAUAAUAUCAUAUUCUCCAUUUAAAAAU